UCAUAUUAUUAAUCAACACUAAAAGGCUAGAGCUAGAACGUUGCAUGUAUAAGUUUUCAGUCGAUCGCUGUGGUAGUUUAGUCUCUUCGAUAUGUGUAGUUAUUAGAAUGUUCCUUAAGUAUUAUCAUAUUUCUCUUUUCAACUAAAACCACGCCGUCAUGUUACUUCAAUCUGUUAUCAAAGAGCUAUGGGCAUGUGUUGUUGUGUCGUUGCCCGUGUUGAUGGCUGGUACGACCCUGGGAUGGUCUUCGCCGGUGAUCGAAUACGUGGCAAAGGGAAAUUCGCCCUUCCAUAUGACUUUAUCGGAAGAGUCGUGGAUGAUAACGUUCCUGGACAUUGGCAAUUUCAUAAUGGCAAUACCUGCGGGUAUAUUGACUGACAUACUGGGCAGAAAGAUAGCCGUGUUUCUCACCGUACCCAUCACUCUGGCCGGUUGGAUUUUGAUGAUGAUCGCUGAUAAUGUAUGGUACUUGUACGUCGGUCGAUUUUUACACGGCUGUGCAAUGGCAAUAUCGUUGACGGUCACACCCAUUUACGUGGGGGAAAUGGCUAGCGUGGCCCUCCGUGGGUCUGUCAGUCUGGUGAUCGAGUUGUCGUACGCAUCCGGUCUGAUGAUCGCCUACGUUAUGGGUUGGCUAGGCGAUUACCAAUCGUUGAUCAUAUGUUGCACCGUCAUUCCAGUAAUCACGGGGAUAUUGAUGUUAUACGUGCCAGAAUCGCCGUAUUAUCUCAUGUUGAUCGGCAAAACACAAGAGGCCGCCGACUCGUUGAGGAAGUUGAGGGAUUACAGCGAUAAGGAAUUCGAACAGGAACUGCAACUCAUCACGGAUUCUACGACGGAAAUCAAGUCAAAAGGAAAUCUCAACGAUCUGUUUCACCGGGACCGGCGGCCGCUGAUCAUCGUUUCGGCGUUGGCCGUGUUGCAGAUGGCUUGCGGGGCCAGCGUGAUGGAGGCGUACGCCUCGUCCGUGCUGACCGAAACCAGCUUGUCGGCCAACGCGUGCUCGGUGAUAUUCGGCGCGGUGAUAAUGUUCGCUAGCGUACCGUACGCGCUGACCGUGGACAAGUACGGCCGGCGGCCGCUGUACCUGGUGUCUUGCGCCGGCACCACCCUCUGUCACAUUGCCAUCUACGCGUUCCUGACGCCCAACGGCGGCCACACGUCCGGCGUGCCGCUGUUGCUGGCCAUUUGCGGGUCCGAGUUCUUCAUCAACAUGGGCAUCAUGCCGCUGCUGACGGUCGUCCAGUGCGAGUACUUCCCGUCGGACACGCGGGGCAUGGCCAACUCGGUGAUUGUGUUCGUCAUCACGUUCAGUUCGACGGUGAUGCUCAAGAUCUACCAGCCAAUCGCCGACGCGUACGGCAAGCGGGUCAACUUCGCCGGGUACGCCUUGGCCACGUUUCUGGGCGGUAUCCUCUGCUAUGUCUGGGUGCCCGAGACCAAGGGCAAGUCGUUCGUGCAGAUCCAAACCGACUUCGAGUCGUACAUGUGGUUUGGUAAGAAAAAAAGGAAAUCCUACGAGAAACUGUGAAUGAUCACGUUUGACGGUCGGCGACGAGUUUCAAACUGUCAAUAUUUAUUGUUUGUUGUUAAUUAUUUAUUGUUGGCGCGUCGUUUCCAUUCGGACGCCAAGAAGACCAGUUUAUAGGCCUCCGUUUGCCUCCGAACGAUUCCGCUUUCCUCCCAAAAACCGAAAAGGAACCUAACCAUUUAUACCUCCAAAAACGUAGGGUGUUUUUGUAGGUAUAAAUGCCAAAUUCAUCUCCCAUCACCGAGUUUUUGAAAUCCGAAUCAAACGAUACAAAAGUCGUGUUAACAUAUUAAUACUAUUAUAGUUAGGUAUGUAUAUUCUAGCCAGAGUUGUUCAUUUAUAUACCAUGAUAAACUAUAGAACUAUCAUAAAAAAUAAUUAGUUCUUACUUGUUCUUUAUUAAGUGUUAUAAAUAACUUGUAUGACAUUUGAUAUUUUAAAUCAAAAUUUUUUUAAAUUAAAAUUCUAUGUAUAAAUGUAUGAUAUUGCUGUUGUUCGUUAAUUAUUAUUAUAAUUAUUAUGUUAAAAACAACAAAGAAAAAAAAAAUGUCAAUUAAAUUAAUCAUUGUGUAAAUAUCAACAAAAUAAUGUUUAACGAUUAAGUAUACACUAAUAUGAUAAUUAAGACCUCAUACGAAACACAAAGAAAAUAUACUGUGUCCAAUUUAGUGUUUUUAAAAACUACACAAACGUUUGCAGUCGACUUAGAUGGAUUAAACUUUAGGCGUCGUUAAGAGUUAUUAUAAGUUUACAAAGUUACAGAAUAAAUAAGCUAUCAAGUUGCUAUAUUAUUUUUUUUUUUUGUUAAUAGGCUGUACAAAAAAUACAUAAAUUAAAAGCAAAUUGGGAGGUUCAUUUUCGGUAUUGUGGGAAAACACAUAAGGAUUUUUGGAAGAAAAUAGAUCUGCUAAUUAAAAGUUAAGUUUUGAGAUUUAUAAUUGUCGUUACCUACCUACUAUACUUACUGAUUUAUUAUUUAUAGAGCUAUAUAAAUACCAUUUAUGUAAAAAAAGGCUUCAUAACUAAUUGAAACUAACUGUGUUGAAAAUUCGAAAUAAAUCAUAUUGUUUGUAAAAAAUAUAUAUUUUAAUUUAAAACAUGUUUAAAAUCAGUAUGAACAAAUUUACAAAAUGUACCAGAAAUA